GUGUCCCAUCCACCAUCGCUCCUCUCGGCCGCUGCUCAUCUCAUCGCAUCAGUCGCAGCGGCGCCAGCGGCUUGCGUCCACUCUCGCACCUCGCCUUGCGGUCAUUCGUCGUAGUGCGGCACUGCAGCGCGUCCAGGCCGCAUCUCGUCCCGCUCGGCCUCUAGGAGCCUCGCCUGCGCAGCGGGCCGGCCGGCGCUGCCCGCAUGCGCGCCUUCUUCCGCCGCGGCUCCGUCUCCUCGUCGCCGUCGGGCUCCGAGGCGUAUCCCAGCGGCAGCACGUCGUACGCGUCGCCCGAGGAUGUCUCGUACUCGGACGGCGCGGCGCGGCGUAGGCGUGCCGGCGCUGGCGAUGCGGUGGGCAUCCAGGGCGCACCGCUGCCGUCGAGCACGGCCGGCAUCAGCCCGACGGAGAGCAAGCGAGGGGCACUGCUGAGCUUCCGCGAGCGGAGCAAGCGGCGCGCAGAGCUGCCGGGCCGCGAGGAGCCGCAGCCGCGGCGGCCGGCGUCGAGCAGCAAGACGACCAUGCCGCCGCCUUCGUCCUUCAUCCGGCCGCGCGAGCAGUCCGACCCGGCAGACGAGGCGCUGACCUGGCGGCCGAACCGCGUCGCCGUCGCACCGCUCGACGACGGCGCGCCCGUGCGCAUCAUGCCCGCGUCGCCGCGGCCGCGAGGCGAGCGUUCCAGCUCGCCGGCUCGGCCACCAUCACGUCCAGCUUCGCGGCAAGGCGCGCUGUCGCCCACGGGCGGCUCGCUGCUGGCGUCGGCGUGGGAGGCCAGCUCGUCCGUGGUUCGCUCGCGCGACGGCCUGCCGUCCCUCUCCACAGCGCACAGUCACAGCGCGAGCGGCUCGUCGUACGCCUUCGAAGACUUGAUGCCGCGGUCGCCUUCGCGCAACAACUCCGUCUCGUACUCCUUCUCUGGCGACUCGCACCUGCGCACGGGCAUCAGCUCGGCCCUCUCCUCGCCGACAUCGACGCCGCGGGCUCCGUCGAGCUCCUCUCGCGCUUUCAUGACGCCCAGCACGUCGCAUCGCAGCACAGAGAGCUACGGCAGCGGCACAGAUGCGUCUAUGUCGCAGCGCUUCCCCGCUGCUGGCGGCACUGUGCGAGCGUCGGGCAAGACACCACGCCCUGCCACGGCCUCGACGCCCGGGCGGUCGCCGAAGCCGCGCGUCAGCCAUGCGCAGAGCAGCAGCGGGGACGGCCUGUCGCUCGCGGCGCGCCUGAACGAGCUGGCUGUGGCGCAUGGCGACGGGCUGCUCGCAGACGAAGACUAUCGUCAGCUGCGGCAGGCCGUGUUCGAGGGAGCGCAGGGCGAAGGCGCACUGGAGAUGCCGCGAGAGCAUCGAGUGAGCGGCGUGACGGCCGCACGGAAAUCGGAGCCUGCCGCGGAGCCGCCGCCACCGCUGCAUCUUGAAUCCUCGCACCGCUCCAUGCGCUCGACGCGCUCAUCGCUGAGCAACUUCGCCACCAUCUUCCGCAAGUCGUCGGUCUUGUCGAUGCGCGGCCGCACCACGUCGCACCCACAUCCGCGCUCUGCGCCGCCCACGAGCGGGCCAUCGAGCUGGGCCGGAGCACAGAGCACCGACGGCCACGGCAGCUCAUCGAUGCGCAGCGGCGACAGCCUCAUGUUGCCGUCAUCUGCACGCUCCGACUCGCGCAGUCUUUGGCAGACGGCGACGACUCUCGGGCGCUCGAACAGCUCACGCACGCGCGCGAGCCAAAAGGAGCUCGAGGCGGAGGUGGCCUCUGCACGCUAUGCACGCUCGAUACAUAACGCUGCAUCGCCGCAGCCUGGCCCCAGGAGCGCUGUUGCGCGGCCAGGCUCUGCGAUGCGCUCGCGCUCCGGCGACUCGGGUUUCUCGUCCAGCAACGGCGCAGCGAUGAUGCUGGGCGUCGAGAAUGCCGACCGCUCCGCCGCCGAGCUCAAGGCUGAGGUGGCCAUCGUCGAGGAGGAAGGCAAACGGUUGCUAGGCUCCUUUGCCGCGCUCGAACACAAGGCCAUCAGCCAGUAUACCCUCACGCAUGCUCAGCUGCAGCGCGCGUACGCAGCAAGCCAGCGCUCAGUCGCAGGCGAGAGCAACGGCGCACGCUCGAUGUUGCACGGCACAGCGAGCCAGCCGGCACUGCGCAAGCAAGCUGGCUUCGUCACCACGCCUCCAGCGGCUCCGCGCCGCAGCAGCAUCGGCAACCUGCUCACUGCGCCGCCGAUGGCGCAUCGCAACUCCGUUCACAGCCUCGUCUCGGACGACGGCACGAGCGCGACGAGCGACGAUGCAGAGGCGGACGCCGAGGUGAGCCAGCUCGCGGCUGAGCUGGCGAGCAUUGCGCGACGACGAGAAGAUGUGCGCCUGCGCUACGACGAGCGUGCCGCCUUUCUGCGCACCCAGCUGCGCUCCGCUACGAUUCGCGAGGGGCUGCGCCGCUAG